AUGGCGACGCUGAAACUUGAUCAGCUGCCGUACACGAUCAAUAAUUUGCCAUACGGCGUUGUUUCGUCUGAGCAUAAUCUAUCUCCAAGGUGUGCCGUGGCCAUCGGACAACACGCCGUUGAUUUGACAGAAUGGGCGAAGAGAGGGACUAUCACAAGUCUACAAUCAGGUGAUCGAAGCUUCGACGAGAUCUUCGCACAACCUACGCUUAAUGAGUUUGCUGCAUUGCCAUGGCAGACGAGAAAGGCUGUGCGAAAUUUACUCCAAGCCGAGUUGAAAGAUGGGAAAGUACCAAGCUUGUGUCUGCUUCAUUUGCGAGAUGUCAAGGUGCACCUGCCCAUGCAGAUGAGCGGAUUCAGUGACUUCUACACAUCCCUCGACCAUUGCAAAAAUUGCUCGGGAGAGCUUUCCACAGUUACGAUUCCGAAGAACUGGUACCAUGCUCCAAGUGUGUACAACAGUCGUGUCUCAUCUGUCGUGCCAACACCAACCAACAUUCGGAGACCUAAGAAUGUGUACUUCAAAUCCGGCAUGGACUCUGAUCCGGAGUACGGACCCACGCGCAAAAUGGAUUUCGAGCUCGAGAUGGGCUUCUUCGUGUCCAAGCCAGUACCAUUUGGCGAUAAUAUGCCAAUCGGAAAUGCUAAGGAGCACAUUUUUGGCUUCGUCCUCUUGAACGACUGGUCGGCAAGAGACCAUCAACUAUUCGAGAUGCGACCACUUGGACCUUUUCAUAGCAAGGGAUUUGGCACGUCUAUCUCGAACUGGAUCACGCCGAUUGAGGCACUCGAGCAGUUCAGCACGUCUCCACACUUGAAGCAGGAGCCAGCACCUUUCGAGCAUUUGACAUGGCCCGGCUCGAAAGAUGGCGCGCUGGACAUCAAGCUUCGCGUAAAGCUUGUUCGCGAAGAGAAGGAGCACAUUAUCAGUCACAGCAACCUGAAGUAUCUAUACUGGACGCCGUACCAACAGCUCACUCAUCACGCUGCCAGUGGUUGCGGAAUGCUCACAGGCGAUCUCAUCGGAACCGGGACAAUCAGUGGCAGCGGCACGGAUGAUCAAGGCAACAUGUCAGAACUUGGAUGUCUGUACGAAGCAGAGAGGACAAAGACCAACUUGUUACCACAGAGCAAUGGGACCUAUCAAGACGGCUACCUGGAAGAUGGUGACGAGAUCAUUCUUGAAGGUUGGUGUGAGAACGACGAUGGCGAGGUCGUCUUUGGGUUCGGAGAAUGUCGCGGACGCAUUACGCCUCCGAAGUGA